CACUUGUUUCUGCUCUCUUGUGUGUCCCCAGAAACCUUGAUGGAUACCCGGACGGCGACGGCGGAGCUGGGCUGGACGGCGAACCCGCCUUCGGGGUGGGAAGAGGUCAGCGGCUACGACGAAAACCUGAACACCAUCCGCACGUACCAGGUGUGCAAUGUCUUCGAGCCCAACCAGAACAACUGGCUCCUCACCACGUUCAUCAACCGGCGCGGCGCGCACCGCAUCUACACAGAAAUGCGCUUCACCGUGCGGGACUGCAGCAGCCUCCCCAACGUGCCCGGCUCCUGCAAGGAGACCUUCAACCUCUACUACUACGAGACGGACUCGGUCAUUGCCACCAAGAAGUCRGCCUUCUGGACGGAGGCACCCUACCUCAAAGUGGACACCAUUGCUGCCGACGAGAGCUUCUCACAGGUGGACUUUGGGGGCCGGUUGAUGAAGGUGAACACAGAAGUGAGAAGUUUUGGGCCCCUGACCCGCAAUGGCUUUUACCUGGCUUUCCAGGACUACGGGGCUUGUAUGUCUCUCUUGUCAGUCAGAGUCUUCUUCAAGAAGUGCCCUAGCGUGGUGCAGAACUUUGCCAUCUUCCCAGAGACUAUGACGGGUGCGGAAAGCACCUCGCUGGUGACUGCGCGGGGCACCUGCAUCCCCAACGCCGAGGAAGUGGAUGUGCCCAUUAAGCUGUACUGCAACGGCGAUGGGGAAUGGAUGGUGCCCAUCGGCCGCUGCACUUGUAAGGCCGGCUACGAGCCGGAGAACAACGUGGCUUGCAAAGCGUGCGCGCCGGGCACGUUCAAGGCCAGCCAGGGCGCGGGGCCGUGCGCGCCCUGUCCCGCCAACAGCCGCUCGGCGGCCGAGGCGGCGCCGCUCUGCGCCUGCCGCAGCGGCUUCUACCGCGCCGACCUCGACGCGCCCGCCGCCGCCUGCACCGGCGUCCCCUCGGGGCCCCGCAACGUCAUCUCCAUCGUCAACGAGACGUCCAUCAUCCUGGAGUGGCACCCGCCGCGCGAGACGGGCGGCCGGGACGAYGUCACCUACAACAUCGUGUGCAAGAAGUGCCGCUCGGACCGGCGCGCCUGCUCGCGCUGCGACGACAACGUGGACUUCGUGCCCCGCCAGCUGGGCCUCACGCAGACGCGCGUCUUCAUCAGCAGCCUGUGGGCGCACACGCCGUACACCUUCGAGAUCCAGGCCGUGAACGGCGUCUCCGGCAAGAGCCCCUUCCCRCCGCAGCACGUCUCCGUGAACAUCACCACCAACCAGGCUGCGCCUUCCUCCGUGCCCAUCGUGCACCAGGUGAGUGCCACCAUGCGGAGCAUCACGCUGUCGUGGCCGCAGCCCGAGCAGCCCAACGGCAUCAUCCUGGACUACGAGCUGCGCUACUACGAGAAGGCGAGCCGCAUCUGCACGCCCGAGCUCGGCGGCGCCGGCGCCUCCCGGCCCGCCACGGAGCACAGCGAGUACAACUCGUCCACGGCGCGGAGCCAGACCAACACGGCRCGCGUCGAGGGCCUGCGGCCCGGCGCCGUCUACGUGGUGCAGGUGCGGGCGCGCACCGUGGCCGGCUACGGCAAGUACAGCGGCAAGAUGUGCUUCCAGACGCUGAGCGACGACGACUACAAGUCGGAGCUGCGGGAGCAGCUGCCCCUCAUCGCGGGCUCCGCGGCUGCCGGCGUGGUCUUCAUCGUCUCCUUGGUGGCCAUUUCCAUCGUCUGCAGCAGGAAGCGCGCGUACAGCAAGGAGGCCGUUUACAGCGACAAGCUGCAGCACUACAGCACGGGCCGAGGGUCUCCGGGGAUGAAGAUCUACAUCGACCCCUUCACUUAUGAGGACCCCAACGAGGCCGUUCGUGAGUUUGCCAAGGAGAUCGACGUGUCCUUCGUGAAGAUCGAAGAAGUCAUUGGAGCAGGGGAGUUUGGAGAAGUCUACAAGGGACGGCUGAAGCUGCCCGGCAAGCGGGAGAUCUACGUGGCCAUCAAGACGUUGAAGGCAGGUUACUCGGAGAAGCAGCGGCGGGAUUUCCUGAGCGAGGCCAGCAUCAUGGGGCAGUUCGACCACCCCAACAUCAUUCGGCUGGAAGGGGUGGUGACCAAGAGCCGGCCCGUCAUGAUCAUCACGGAGUUCAUGGAAAACGGGGCCCUGGACUCCUUCCUGCGGCAAAACGACGGGCAGUUCACGGUGAUCCAGCUGGUGGGGAUGCUCCGAGGAAUUGCCGCCGGGAUGAAGUACCUGGCGGAGAUGAACUACGUGCACCGUGACCUGGCKGCCAGGAACAUCCUGGUUAACAGCAACCUGGUGUGCAAGGUGUCAGACUUCGGCCUCUCGCGCUACCUGCAGGACGACACGUCCGACCCCACCUACACCAGCUCCUUGGGCGGCAAGAUCCCCGUGCGGUGGACGGCGCCRGAGGCCAUCGCGUACCGCAAGUUCACCUCGGCCAGCGACGUGUGGAGCUACGGCAUCGUCAUGUGGGAGGUGAUGUCCUUCGGCGAGAGGCCCUACUGGGACAUGUCCAACCAAGACGUCAUCAACGCCAUCGAGCAGGACUAUCGGCUGCCGCCGCCCAUGGACUGCCCCGCYGCCCUGCACCAGCUCAUGCUGGACUGCUGGCAGAAAGACCGCAACGCCCGGCCCCGCUUCGCCGAGAUCGUCAACACCCUCGACAAGAUGAUCCGCAACCCGGCCAGCCUCAAAACUGUGGCCACCAUCACCGCUGUGCCUUCUCAGCCACUCUUGGACCGCUCCAUCCCUGACUUCACUGCCUUUACCUCAGUCGAAGACUGGCUAAGCGCCGUCAAGAUGAGCCAGUACAGAGACAACUUCCUGACGGCCGGGUUCACCUCCCUGCAGCUCGUGGCCCAGAUGACAUCAGAAGACCUCCUGAGAAUAGGGGUGACUUUAGCUGGACACCAGAAGAAGAUUCUGAACAGCGUGCAGUCGAUGAGAGUGCAGAUGAGCCAGUCUCCGACCUCGAUGGCGUGACCGUCGUCCCCGCUGCGCCGGGGAGGGCACGGGGA